AUGGCAACACCCGAGCUGGCGAUAGCAAAGGCCUCCUUCAGCGCCCUGCUCUUCCGCAAAGAGCCUGUCUCCCUCACGAGGCCGGAGAUCGAGACGUUCCACACCCUCCUUCACGAUGCGAUACACCAGUGCUCGCCCGCCAACGUUCAGAAAUGCAAGCGAUGGAUCCUGAAGAAUCUGGCGCCCUCGCCGGCGCGUGUCGCCGCUCUUGGCAAAUACCUGGCCGCCCUUUCCAAAUCCUUCCCAGGCGAUGAUGCUACCGCCGCCGCCGCCGCCGCUGGUGCUGCGAAGAACAAGACGAAGCCCUCCUCCAAGCGCAAACGUCUGCACAUUCUCUACAUCCUCAACGACGUUCUCUACCACGCCGUCGUGCGGGACAGAGACACGCGCCUCGCGACGGAGCUACAGCCCAGCCUCCCACCGCUCUUUCACGCUGCCGCCAGCUUCCACAACUGCCCGAAACACAUGCGCAAGCUGGACGAUCUCCUGUCGCUCUGGGACCAGCAAAAGUACAUCUCGACGCACACGAUCGCAGACUUGAGGGAGACGGUGAAGGAAGCCCCCCAUGGCGGUAAAGUCACCAAGGCCGCUGAGGGCGAGGGCGCGAACAACCAGACAGGGUCGAACCUCGCUGUCAAACCUGCAAAGGACGCGCCCUACAUGAUUCCCUCGAUGCACGGAGACCCGAACACCCCUUGGUUCGACCUUCCAGCUGCCAACUGGCUCCCGCAUCUUGAGCCAAACUCUACGAAGGCCAUGAAUCCCAACAUGAUCAAGCCGCUUCAGCUCGCGCCAGGCCCCGCGGACAAGGCUCUCGCCGAGGCAGUCAAGGACCUUCUCGCGGACGUCGAGAGACUAUACUCCAAGUCGGCGGCGCCCCAGCAGCCCGAUCAGCAGUCGACGGACCUGAGCGAGAUGGGCGAGCGCGUCAUCCUCGACGAGAUCACGGGCGAGGUCAUUGGGGGAGAGACUUACUACGGCUGGUCGCGCAACUUCUGCGAGAAGAUGAAGCAGCGCAAGAAGGGAAAGCCAGGAGGCGACAGACGCAGCCGUGGCCGAUCCAGCUCGCGAAGCCGCUCUCGCAGCUUCUCCCCUGGCCGGUCAAGUAGAAGCGACUCGCCCCCCGCGUUCAAGAGGCGCAGGCUCUCGCCAGAUUCUAGAAGCCGGAGCCCCAGCCGCAGCCGAAGCCACAGCCGCGAUCGGCGACAGAGCCCUCCACGCAAGGGUCGUUACGAUUCCAGAGACUACAGCCGAUCCAGGUCAAGAUCACGCUCCCGGUCGCGGAGUCCCUACAGAUCCCGAUCCCGAUCUCGUGAGCGAGGAGGCGGGAGAAGAGGCCGCGGCGACUCCAGCAGAUCACCACUUCCACCCCACGGCCGCGGCCGGUACAACGACGAGUCGGGCCAGGGCUACAACCAGCCGCAGCCACCGCCGCCUCCUCCCCCUAAUCACCACAGUCCUCCCGCCUUCCAACCGUACCCACCACCACCUCCAAACGCGGCCGGCGGGUUCGGACACUUCCCACCACCCCCUCCGCCGCCUCAAGGCUUCCAAGGAGCAUGGCCGCCUCCCCCUCCACCUACUCAUCCUCCCACUGUAGGCUAUAUCAGUGGGCCUCCGCAGAAUUGGGGUGCUCCGCCACCUGGUGCCGGUCUGCCGCCGCCUCCACCACAUAUGGGCGGAUGGGGGGCACCCGCUCCGCCGCCGCCGCCGCCGCAACAACACAACCAAUACCAGCAACAGCCGCAGUAUGGACGCGGCGGUGGUGGGUACAGAGGCCGCGGCAGGGGAGGCUAUAACAGAGGCAGAGGAGGCGGGUGGUAA